AUGAUCCCGGCCAAGGGCUUCAUUGCUCCGUUCCCUCACCUGCCAACCACGGACGGCUGGGUGUUGCGAAAACCGCUCUCGGGUCAUUCUCUGGUCUCUCUUCCAGACAUGGUGGCAGUCCUCGGGGAGACCACGGGCUGCUUUGCCCUGCCCAACCUGCGAGACAAGAUGAAGCACCACCCUGAAGGUUACCGCAUCCUCCAGGAACGGCCUCGCAUCCGUCUCUCCACCCUGGACAUGGCCAGGCUGCGGGGGCUGCCGGACGGCACGCUGGGCCGAGAGUAUGUUCGGUUCUUGGAGGACAACAAGGUUUCUCCGGACACCCGGAUGCCACCCAAGUUUGUUGAUGACGAAGAGCUGGCGUACGUGAUCCAGCGGUACCGGGAAGUCCACGACCUGAUGCACACUCUGCUGGGCAUGCCGACCAACAUGCUAGCACCGAAUCUCCUGUGCCAGGCCGGAGGAGCAGUGCCCAGGCCUGGCUGCCCUUGCCUGGGCACAAGAAAGCUGCGGGUCCUGGCCACGGACCUGGUUCCCUGGGCGAUUCGGAGCGGGCGCAACGCCAGCUGUAUCCUGAACGUCUACUACGAGCAGCGCUGGGAGCAGCCGGUGGAGUCCCUGCGGGAGGAGAUCGGCAUCUUCCCUCCCCCGGCCAUUCGAGUGUGA